UUUUGUCGAAUAGUUUUUGAAUAAAAAAAAAAUCAAUAUUGUAAAUUGUUUUUGAUAAUUCUAUAAACAAUAUUGGAACUUCAUACACCAAAAUCCCUAUUAUUCGACAAAAAAUCAUAUUUGAAUCGUGCAGUGCGGCUAACUUCAGUAGAUAAUUAGUAUUGGCCCCACUGCUAUACGCUUCUAUUAUAUGGUCAUAUAUACAGUGGACAAAAAUAAAUAAAUAGGGGCAAAGGAAUGAUGAUGUAAGGUACACAUAAUCAAGCAACGUCCUGUAAAUUACAUUCAAUUUUCAACAAGUUUCUAGAGCUACCAAGUUCUCAGAUCCUUCAACUACAUAAGAGUGAAGGAGCUCAACUAAAGAAUCUAAAGAAAUAGAUCUCUGUAUAUAUAGUCUCGGCGUCACAAAAGCUGCAAUGCAAUUGCGCGUUGCCCUGGUUACCAAACAUUCUUAACCAAUUAGAGCCAACAUGCGCAGAACAAACAAAAACUUGUCGUCUACUGCGUUUGUUCUUCCAUUGAACGAAUAAUAACUGACAGAAGUCAGUAUUUACUGUAUCUAAAAAUGGGAACAUUUCUUGCCGUGCUUGGUAAGCAUGGCUAGUAGAAAAAUGCUAUAUAAUUAUCUGCUAACUUCAAGAAAGUUUAUUAUUCGUUCAGUUUCUGGCAGUACGACAGUGUUACGGUUCGAAUAGUGUACGUUGUGAAAAAAAAGCAGUGAGUGUAGUUUUAUAAUGGAAGGAGGUGGUGUACUUACGGCAGAGCGCAGUCCAGCACGUGCGAAUCUGCAUGUGGCUUUUAGUGAAAAAGGAGAAGUAAAGGAACGCAGAGAGAAAUUUCUGACAGCCAAAUAUGGGUCCCAUCAAAUGUCCCUUAUUCGUAAAAGGCUUGCAGUAGAAAUGUGGUUAUUUGAUGAACUAGAAAAAUUAUAUGAAUCAGUUAAUGAAAGUGGUAAAAAUCGAGAAGUUGAAAUUGACAUUGAUGAACUUCUUGAUAUGGAUAGUGACGAGCAUAGACGAAGAUUUUUACAAGACUUACUGGUUGAUACAAAGAAACCACCACAUGAUAUAAAUAAAUUCAUUAAUGAUUUACUUGAAAAAGCUAAAACACUUUGAAGAACUUUCAUGUUCUUUUAUGAUAUUUACGUGUUUGCAAGGACUUUUUUGAAGCAUUAACAAAUUUGCUCAGAUUUGGAACGAGUCAAAGACAUAUUUCAAGCCUUAUCGAGUUGCGCAGACGUGACUCAAAUGCCAAUUUAUCAUUACUUGGAUUGAACUUAAAACGGGGAAAACAUCAAAUUAUUCUAGCGUAUAUUAUUUCAUAUUGAAAUCGUAAACAUUAGUAUCUGACUUAUCUCAGUACAAUGGCUAACUUUGUUAGUUAUUUAUGUGCGCAUCGCAUAUCAAAGUAAUAAACCUCACAGUACACAAACUGCCUUGCUGUACGAUCCAUCCAGUGUGAUGUAUAGUAGAAAAGUUUGUUCUACGCUCUAAUUUUGUAUGCCUUCUAUACUCCAUCGUUCAUAGUAAUAUUUAUGUUGUUAAGGAAUUAUUAAUUAACAAUACUUCCCAACGCUGUAACUAUACCAAAUGAUUUCUAUACAUAUCCUACGUUUAUUGAAUUAUCCCAACAAAUUGGGUUAAAAUGAUUAAUAUCUUUAUGUUUUAGCGUAAUGAAUUAAUACAAUUUUAUUUAUGUUAGAAGGUACUUUAAGGGAGUAAUUUGCAAAAUGUCGCAUCAAAUGCUUGUACGAAUUAAAAAAAAAAUAAUUCUAUUUGAUAUUAUAAUAAAAGCGUGUAUGUUUCAGAUGAUAUUAUCACUGGCAUAGUAGUAGUUAAAACGUGGAAAUGACACCUAUCGUUGCUUCGGUACCGAAUCAGUAUUUGAGAAAAUUGUUGUUAAGCAGAAUUUUAGUCUGACGUAAGUGUUUCUUGAUUAAAUUUGAUAAUAAUGAUUGAUUAAAUUUCAACGCUUUUGUUAAGUCGUUAGAAAAAAAAAAUAAAACACAAAAACAUUCCUAAAUUUAGAAAAAUAGAUUUUACGGUGUAUUAACAUUUUUUAAUAACUUUGUUACUUAUAUAAUCAUGUUGUUAAUUUCAAGAUUUUAAAUUCAUAUUUAUACGUGUUAUACUUGUUUAAAUUAUUAAGGAGGAAAGAUCUAUCAUUUUAAUUGAUCUUUGAUUCGUAUAUUUGUCGUGAAAAAAGAACAUGCAAGUACUCUGUUUUAAUAGACUCAUUUUGAUAAACUGUAAACAUAAUAUAUAUUAUUCAUGUGAUGUAUAGUACAAAUGAAUGAUUAUGUUAUGAGAAAAUCACCGUCGCGACAGAGCGCAAUUAUAGGUGACAUUUAUACGCUUUGUAGACAGUCAUUUAACAUACGAGCUAUUGUGUAAAAUGUAUCAAUAGUAAUGUAAAAAAGGAAGGCUUCGAACCCGAAACUUCCAGAUACUUGGAUCUCUUGCACCGGAUGUAUCUCUCAUAAUUACUUAAACAUUGUACCAAAAGACUGCACAAAAUGGAAUUUUACCUUCCUCUUAAAAACUAGAUGCGUACAGAAAUCACAACGGCAAACAAGAUGAUGAGAUAGACAUAUUUAUCAAGGAUCGAAUACAUAAUAUUGGAUGUUGAAUGAAGCAAGAAGUUUAGCAGAUGCACUGGCAUAGAAAGUUUUGUGUUUUUUACGCUGGAUUAAAUGUAAAGCAAUACCCACAAUGUGAUCACUUGAGCUACGCAUUCAUGGGAAAGGAAACAGAAAAGAAACUGUUACGAGGCUCUACAACUCUCCUGUAUUGCAAAGAGCAAUAUGACCAUUGUAGCGUUUUCACUCCCCAGUUAAAAUUGUGGAAGACAACAGCAAAAAGAGUUUCAUCCAAGCAAGGACUAGUGAAAUGAAUCAUGAUUAUUUAUGAGAUAUUAGGGUGUACAGAGAUUCACCUGCCACUCAUCGUUUGGCAACAUGUGAUCUUUGUGGACUUUCGUCAUGGGCAUAGAACAAUGUGUUUAGACUUUCUACCUUUAAAAACUUCCAUACGAUGUAGGUGAAUAAUGUCGUCUAAUUAAAAAGCAUUGAACUCGUCUUGUCACCCGUAUACAUACAUACAUAUACAUAUAUAUAUAUAUUUAAAACUUUAUACGACGGAAUAUAUGUGAAUGUGUAAUUAAGAUUAGGAAUAAAUCUAUAUACAAUAAACCUUGAUCUCAUUAAGUGCAAUCGUUGACGUGUUUGUUCUACUAGUUGAACCGGGGGUCAUGACAUUUGAUGGGUGACUAUAGCGAACGAAUACGUCAGAAUUCAAUCAGAGUUUAUUGUAUUAGAAACGAUACAAUCAAUUGGUGCACUUGUGAUUUAGUGUUGUAAAACAGUAUGCGAUCUUGCGAUAGAAUUAUGUUUCAUCGAAUCGAAAUUGUGAAGUUUUGAAAUUUUAUCGCCGAAAAACAAACGAUAAUGUAAAUCCUUUACUUUUUUUAUUUCUGCAUUGCGCGAUAAAUAGAACUAUGAUCAAGUGCUUCUGCGUGUAAGGGUGCGUUCAAACUGAACGAGCAAGAGCAUUUUUUCGUGCGAAAGUUUAUCGAGCGAAUGUUCGUGAACUUUAAACUAAGCGUUCGAUGCGAUGAAUUGAAUUACGUCGAUUUGAGUCGUGUCAAAUUUUAUUACGUUAAAUUGGAUUACAUCGAAACCGAUUAUAACUAAUUGUAUCGUGUAGAGUGUUGGAUUAACAGGCAUUCUUGUUAGAGCAUUCGCUCGCCUAAUUUGAAUGCACCCUAAUGCUUGUGUCGGUAUGCGAUGUUUCGCAAUGCAUCGUUUCGGCUUGGUGUUUCUAAAAAAAGAAAAGCGUAGGAAUUCAUGUGUAAUUGGAAUGAUGUAUCUCUAGAUUAUUUUCUCAAGUGAUUCGUUUACAGAAAAUGAGAAGUAUUCGAUAUCUCUAGGUGGAAAUGUAAUUCUAAAUGGCACUGGAAUUUCCCAUCCACGUGUGAAUGUUUAUCUGGAAUGUUUAAUGUUGUAACAUUGAAUCAAAUUAAUCUACGAUAGUGUUAAGUAAUGGAAACGAGCACUUUUACACAGGAUAAAAAAUCGAACUUCCAUAUUCAUCGCGUGAUUCGCGAGAAAAAAAAGAAGGAAAUAGACGUUUUAAAAUCCCUGUACCCUAUGUUUUAAAUUGGCGAUAGUACCGUUUCUAUGAGGAAACAAUAUUUUGCAUCAACAUGUACUGAUUAUGUAAGAGAUUGUAUUUACUUGCACAAAAUAACAAUUGGAUAAAAGAAAAAUUAA